AUGGACGAGUUUGUUUCGCUUCUUGCAGUUCUUAAGAAGAACGACAAGAUUGUACAGAACGUGCUGUUUAUGAUUUCCGAAGGAUUUAGGUACAAAGAAGAUGUUGUUGGAGAAGAAUUGUUGAGGCAAUACAGGGAACACAGCAACACAGAUGCUCUUUUGGAUUUUUUGCAUCUUUUAUGCAGCAAAGAUAUAAGAUAUCUUGAUUUUUUCAUGCAACAUAGAAGGGAGUUUUCAGGAGAUCAUGAGUUUUUAAAGCUGCUUUAUGGAGAAGACAACAGCGGAAGCAAGAGAGUCAAGACUGAUACAGAUGCUAGCGAUAUUAUUGGAUGCGGAAAUUAUAAUGACGAGAUAGGUAUUGCAGAUGUAGAGAAGACAAAGAAGGAAAGCAAAAGCACACAAUCUGUAAAAAUUGAGAAAAACAAGGAUGUGCAAUCUGCAAAGAAUGAGAAAAGUAAAGACACUCAAUCUGCAAAGAAAGAAAAAAGUGUAUUUGAAGAAGCGGUGGUUAAGAAUACAGGUGGUCGAAAGAAUGGAGACACCAGGACUCUUAGCAACGAAUAUCUGCAGGAGACUGUAGAUCCAUUCAUACUGUACCUUCCAAACCAAUGUAAGCUAUGUGGAUUGAGAUAUGAAAAUUCAAAGAAAGGAGAUGAACAGAUGGGAAUACAUAUUGAGGAGCAUCGAAGAAAGGCAAGGGUAAUGGGAGAAAAGGACUGUGUUAGCAGGGAGUUUUUCCCUACUCUAGAAGCAUGGACAAAAAACAUUGAGAAGAUUAAGCUGAAGCUUGAGGUGGAGAAAGUGGAGAAAAUUGCUCAUUCUGGAGGAGCCGUGUUCUGUGGUGUAUGCCACAGCCGAAUUGAGGUUGAAUGGGAUGAUAAUGAAGAUACAUGGAUGCUUAAGGAUGCAGUGCCACUUGAAAAGGCAGGACAGACGAACUUCUGUCAUAGAAAAUGUGUUUUAUAA